AUGGCACACCAGCUCCGUUUUGCCGCCGCAAGAGAACCCAUCUCAGAAGAGUAUCCGGCGGUUGCUCUUCCUCAUCCACGUUGCAUCUCCGUCGCGUUUCCUCCUCCGAGAUUCACACCAUCUCCGUCGCCUUUAACUAAUUACUCAUUCUUGGCCGCAUUAACUCCUCAAGAACUGGAGAUGCGUUUGCAAAUUGCAAUGGAUGUCCAGAUGAUCUCGAAGUUAGACCAAAGAAAGCUUCAAACGAUGGCGUCAUUGCUGACAUCAGAUCCCGAUUACUUCUUGAUGAUCGCAAGAAACAUGAACGGCUCCAAACGCAUUCAGAAACUUCUCGGAAAAACAGAUGACGUGGACGCUUUAUUCGCCGCCGCUAUCUUGCGCCGCUUCCUCCACAUCAUCACCGACAAGUACGCGUCGUACGUGGUGAGACGGGGGAUGACAGUUUUCGAUAAGAAGAAGAAAAAAGCAAUGUACGAGCACAUUCUCCACUACGCGAGCCACAUAGCGCGUGAUAAACACGCUCUUGUACUAAGCAACGAUGCUUAUGGGAACUUUGUGAUACAACGCGUGCUUAAACUGAAUGACUUGCGUAGCAAGAACAACAUCGUCGUUAGUCUACGUGGCCACUUUGUUGAUCUCUCGUUUCAGAAAUAUGGAAGCUACGUUGUGGAUGUACUUUUGGAGACGAAGGAGUCAAUGGUUGUGGUGGUGGAGGAGCUUAUGGAAUGUGAAGGAGAUAUGUUGAUGAGGUUGGCGAGGAAUGAGUAUGGGAAUUUCUUGGUGUGCAAGGCACUGAGAGUCACGCAGAAGGAGAUGGUUAGGACUGAUCUGUUUUGGGGUUUGGUGCAUAAGCUCAAGCCUUUUCACAAUCUCUUGCGUUGGUCUCGUGGAAAGAACAUUGCAUCCAUCUUAAACUCGAUUCGUUAG